AUGAAGACUAUUACCAAUUUAUGGGAUCACAGAGCAGUUGUGGACAUUGGGUCGAGCAUCCAGCUGGAGUGUUCAGUGCAGUACGCCCAGGACUACCCAGUGCUGUGGGUGAAGCGAGGUGCUGGGGAUGUUCAAGACCUGCCCAUCUCCACGGGCCCUAGCCUCAUUAUCAGGGACUCCCGCUAUGCCCUCAGACAUGAUCAAGGCUCGGCCACAUACAUCUUACAGAUUAAGGACAUCCAGGAAAGUGAUGGUGGGGACUACAUGUGCCAGGUGAUCAUUGGUAUCAACAACCGCAUCACUGCCAACGUCAAUCUCCUGGUGCGCAGACCUCCAGUCAUUUCUGAUAACUCAACUAGGUCUGUGGUUGCAAGUGAGGGAGACAGUGUGGAGUUAUCUUGUUACGCUGGUGGAAUGCCCAUCCCAGAUAUAUCAUGGAGGAGAGAAAACAAUGCUAUCCUCCCUACUGGCGGCUCUAUUUACAGGGGCAAUGUGCUGCAGAUCGCCAACAUCCGCAAGGAAGACCGUGGCACCUACUACUGCAUUGCUGAGAACCAGGUUGGUCGUGGUGCCAGGAGGAACAUUAAUGUCGAAGUGGAGUUCGCUCCGGUGGUUCGAGCAAUACGUCCUCGCGUCUACCAGGCUCUGCAAUACGACAUGGAUCUGGAGUGUCACAUUGAGGCAUAUCCACCAGCUGCGAUUUCUUGGGUCCAUAAGCAGGAGUCCAUUGUUAAUAACCAACAUUAUAGGGUGUCCCAGUUUGCCAAUGCAGAUGAAUUCACAGACACAACUCUCCGUGUUUUGACUAUUGAGAAACGUCAGUUUGGUAAUUACUCGUGUAUGGCCACCAAUAAACUUGGUCAGUCAUCAGCUACAGUGCUGCUCAGCGAGCACGUUGUUCCCAACAUACGGUACCGUGGAGUACUCUACUAUGCUGCGGGAUGCGCCACACUCCACCAUCAUCCUCUCCUCUUUAUCUUCUUCUCUGGUCUCUUUCUGGCCAUCAUUCACAAGCUUUUGGUAUGGUCAGCGUGAUCAUGUAAAUUUAAACCAAAUUUUCUGUCACAACUUGGCUAUUUCAUGAAGUCAGGCUUUACAGUGAAAAAAAAUGGUCUCUAAAUGCUAUCCUAUAUCCACAUAUUUAGAUUUUCUCACUUGUUUUUAACUUUUAUCUACAGAUAAUAUGAUUAAGAUAAUCAGGGUACAUUAGCAGCUUAACAUUGCAAUUCAACAUUACCACAGUUUUGCUUUACCACAUUAAAAAAGACUUAACCCUGUCAGUGAAUAAUGACAUAUUACUAACUUGUGAGGUUUAUACACACGGUAACUGCAAUAUAAUUUAAGGUGUUUUGUGAUUUUUCUGAGUUUCACCCAGAGCUGUAAUUUCCUUCCUUUAUCAUAUGUUGCCAAUUUCUACUUUCCUUCUUCUUCGUCACUGCUGACAUUGAAAUGUAUAAUAGGCUUGAAAAAGGCACUUUUUUGGUAAUGUUAAUUUUUUGACCGAGUAUUACGUGCAUUUGUAUAGUUUUUUUCCGUGAAUUAGUUGACCUUUGUAACAAACUUCAACUAAUACAUUAAAUAAUGAACAUUUGAUGUGUUGACCAAGUCAUGAAUGCUCAUUUAGUAUCAUGAUAAAGUUAGUUUUAUACAUAUUGCCAUAUUGUUAUUUUACUGAGGACGCGAGUGGUCAAUAUGAAGAGAUUAAUGAGAAACUAAAUCUUUCAUGUCUGCAACUCGUCUCGAUGACACAUUCACUGCAUUACACAGACUUAUUUAGGACUGGAGGAUAAUGAUGAAAUGGCAUAUUUGUGUUUUGUUUUAUUUAUUCUGGUUUGGAACAGUAAAUAAUCUUAAUGCGGUUUCAUCUCAGCUGAUACACUGUAAAUUGAUUUCAAUAACCAUAUACUGCAGUGGUUGUUUAGCUCUGACUAUUUAAAACGUGUGUGAUGCUAAAAAAAGGUAAAAGCUAACCAGAAUUGUGGUGGGAAGGCAGAUGACUGCCGACACCUUGAAGGAAAGUGACAUGAAUGUAUUCACUUUGGGCACUUUUACUGAAAAUUAAUUGAUCAAAAUCCUUCGAUCUUGAUCACUUUGAAUACAUGCAAUUGAAGUGAUAUUUGAAGUAAUCAGUUGGCUAGGACCAAAACUUUCUCAGUAAAGGUAUUAUAGGUGACCAUUUUCCGUAACUAGAACUACAGUAGCAGUGAAGUCACAAAAAUUUAUUUCACUCAAGAAAUAUGUUGUAGAACGGAGUAAAUUUUUCACAACUUUAGAUUGAUGAGUCAGUUCUGGCUAAUGUGUUCCAUGUUAGGAGUCAUCAGGGUAGGUUAUUGUCCCAUGGUAUAAUAAAUGAACACUAUCUACUAACACUCCUAGCUUGAGUAAGACACUAGUGAAUCUUGACAGACAUGAGUAAACAUUAUUGCAAAUGUAACAGUGAAAUGACCAUGAUUUCUUGCAGUUAAUUUUUAUGUAAUGUUAUGGAAAUGUGGAUGCAACUUACAGCUGUAGUGUUCAGAUCGACUGUAAGAUACAGUACAAGGUUCGACCAGAUCGACUGUAAGAUACAGUAUAAGGUUCGACCAGUUGAAUAUAUGCUAAAUCUUAGGUUUCUUUAACCUGAAAAAGAACAGUUUUCAAACUUAACCAUGUUUUUAAAAUUUUUUUAUUAGUGCAUUAAACCCGCUAUCACCUUAUAAACUCAGGAAACUGUAAGUGAAAUGGUUUAAAAUAUUUUAAAUGUACUAGAAACACAUUCUAUGGAUUUCCCUUUAGCAACUUUAUCAAAAUAUCUGGUUCCACAUUCUUAUCAGUGGCAAAGCUAAUUACUGUAUAUAUGUGGAUAGAAUAAUCAAAUUUAUUAAAUAAACUGUGUUUAUAACUGCUGGAACUUUUCAAAGUGUGGAUUUUUAGAAAACUGUACCAUAGGACAUGGUGAAAUCCAUAGUUUUGUCACAUUGCAUUUUACUGUAUACUGUAUUUGUAUAAAUUAGUGCAAUUUCAAGUGUGAUUUAUGUAGUCUAGAUCUGUGAGAAUGUUUAUGUAUGAGUGAAUGAGCUAUAUGUUGUGGUUUUAAUCAUAUCACAUAUCUGUGUUAUGAAUCAAAAUAUUUUGUAUGUUUUUCUUUCAAUAAAUAAACUUUAAUAAAAUAC